CGCUCUCUCUUCGAGUCUCGAGGUCCCCUGCUCCUGGCAAGACUUAAGUGCUGACCGACGAACUUGCAGUUGGUCGUGGCACUGUGCAUCAGACCGUCCAUACGAACGUCGCUUCUCGUCUUUCUAUCCUGUGAUCGCGGCCCCCCGUCUGAACUGCCGUUUCUUGUGACAACCGUGCCAGUAUGAGCAACGCUGAAGCAUCUUCCUCUGGUCGAACUAUCAACAUUGACAUUGGCGCCGGAGAAGAAGUAGGCAUUGAUCUAGAUGACCUCGACCUGAAUGUAGAAGACCUGCUCGAAGUGAUCAAGGACUCGCGCUGUAGUCCUUGGGUAUGGACCACGCUUGCGCUGGAGUACUGGAAGAAGGGACAUGCAGACAAGGCAGAGACUAUUGCGCAGACUGCAAUCGAAAGCGCACAGGAUUCUGCUGGCUCGAAACCAAUACACGCGUUCCUUGCCAACUUACAGAUGGCUAACGCGCGGAGAGCGCCCAAGCUCAUAUUGCCCGAUCCUCACCAGGACGAUAUGAGGUCCGAAAAGCCGAAGGGACAUUACCACAACGAAGCCGCCAUCCACCUGAACAAGUCCACUUCGAGCGAUGCGGACCGGAGGACACAGCUCCUCUCGUUCCUGACCCGAGGCAUACAUCAACUUGGUACCCGAUCCAUGGACGACGCAUUGCGCUCGUUCGAAUCGGUUCUCGCCGCGCAACCUACCAAUGUGGUCGCCUUGCUUGGGAAGGCUCGCAUUUACUAUGUCCGCAGGCAAUUCAAAGAGUCGUUGCGACUUUUCCAACGCGUGCUUGAACUAAAUCCUUCGUGUCGACCGGACCCCCGCGUAGGCAUUGGAAUGUGUUUGUGGCAGUUGGACCAUAAGGCGAAAGCCAAGGCGGCGUGGCAGCGGAGUCUGGAGGUCAAUCCAACAGAGUGGUCCGCGGCGCUCCUUCUAGGUCUGGAAGCUAUCAACGCCAGCAAAGAUGAAUUGAAGCAUCCCGAUGCGGAGCGUAUACAUCUAUUCGUCACCGGCACCAAAUACGUGGAGAGCGCGUUCAAGGGCAGCAACCAGCGGGCCGCGGCCGCAGCGAACGUCCUCUGUGAUGUCUUCCUCCGCAAGGGCGCGUACGACCGGGCGAUGAAGCUGGCAGAACGCACAAUACAAUACGCCGACACGCUCUCUGUGCUGACGGAGGGUUACAUCCACGCCGGUAGAGUCUCGCAUGCGAAAGGCGACGUGGCGAACGCCACGAAAUAUUUUGAAACCGCGACGAAGGAGCCCCAUCCGAAGACCGUCCUCGCAUCCGUUGGCUUGGCGCAGAUGCACGUCAAGAAAGGCGAGUCGCAGGAAUACGCGGCCGCCAUCCACACUCUCGACACGCUCCUCUCCCCUCCGAAUGCCCCAAACUCGGUCGAGGCCACUGCGAUGCUCGCCUCUCUGCGCGCGCACCCGCGUCCUGGCAUAUCCUCCUCGGACGCCGCCCAUGAGAAGACGAAGGCUCGCGAGCUGUAUGAGAAGGUGUACAAGAUGCUCGGUCUCAGCGACGUCUCACGCACGAACGGGAGCCUCAACGGCACCGGGCUCUCGCUGAAUCGGUCGCAGCGCCGCGUCGCGGACGACGUCGACAUGCACGCCGAGAUUGCGCGAUUGUGGCAGACGGAAUCGCUCGAGCGAACCGGGCGUGCGCUGCGGGAGGCUCUGAGGCGGAACGAGGCGCAACACGCACAGGGCCAGCAGGACGGGCAGGUUGAUGUGGAUCCACGGUUGCUGAAUAAUCUGGGCGUGUUGAGCCAUCUAGAUGGAGCGCAUGUGGAGGCGCGGGAGUUGUAUGAACAAGCUUUGACGGGUGCGAGCACGCUUCAGGGUGAGGUGGGUGAAGGCAUGGCGACGAGUGUGCUGUAUAACCUUGCGCGGUGCUACGAGGACCAGGGUGAGCAAGGCAUGGCGACAGAGGCUUACAAGAAGCUGCUGGCGAGGCAUCCGGAAUAUGUUGAUGCCAAGAUUCGACAGGCAGCGAUGCUUUCGGACUUGAACGAAAAGAACGAGGCGCACGAUCUCAUCAAGCAGGCGCUGUCUUCUCAGAACGGGAACCUCAACCUACGAGCCUUCUAUACGCACUUCCUCAUCGAGGCAGGAAUGUACAAGCCCGCGAAGGACUUCCUCUAUAACACCAUCAAGGACUUCGACCGGCAUGACGUCCACGCACUCUGCGCUACCGCCCACAUCCAUUAUCACCAAGCUCGCGAAUCGCGCGACAGUUCCUCCCAGGGUAUCGCGGAAAGGCGCAAGGGUUUCCAGCGCGCCGCCGGGUUCUACGAAAACGCGCUGAGCGUUGAUCCGAUGUGUGCUGUUGCGGCGCAGGGCCUCGCGAUCGUCACGGCGGAGGAUGCGCUAGGCACUCUGAACGGAGCGUUGCAGCCCGGCGCACCGGCUCCAGACCCACUGAAGAGAGCGACCGACUUGCGCGACGCGUUGGAGAUUUUUAGCAAGGUCCGGGAAACGCUUUACGACGGGAGCGUGUACAUGAACAUCGGGCAUUGUCAUUACGCGAGGGACGAGUAUGAUCGGGCGAUUGAGAGCUACGAGACUGCUUCGCGGCGUUUCUACGACAAUCACAACGUGGCCGCGCUACUCUGCCUCUGUCGGUCGUGGUACGCCAAAGCGAACAAGGAACUAUCGUUCACGGCGAUGAACACUGCCUUGAAAUAUGCCCAAAACGCGUUGUACUUGAAUCCUCACGACAAAGCCAUCGUUUACAACAUUGCCAUGAUACAGCAGAAGGCCGCCGAGCUGCUCUUUUCCAUACCACCCGCCAAACGCUCUCUUGCAGACCUGGAGAAGGCCAUUGGUCAGGCCACUCACGCUCAGAAGAUGUUCGCCUCACUUGCCAGCGACAAGUCCACGCCGUUACCGUAUAACAUUGAGAUCGCAGAUCAACGGAGAAGGUAUGGUGAAAGCAUGCUGCGGAGAGGCGAAGAGCACCUAGCAACACAACGGCAAUAUGAGAGCGAGCAUCGGGCCAAACUAGACGCUGCACGACAGCGGAGAAUGGAGGAACGGCAGCGUCAGGAGGCUAUGGAGCGCGAGAGGGCUCAAGAGCUGGAAGUUGCCGCUAAGAGACUCGCAGAGGAGCGGAGGCUGGCCAGGGAGCAGGCCUUGGAAUGGAGCAGAGAAGUUAAGAUGGAGAGCGACGAAGAGAAGGAGAAGAAGGCUAAGCGGGCUAUACGUCGCGUCAAAACGGAAGGCGGAGCCAGCGGCGACGAAACUGAGCCGAAGAAGAAGAGGCGGACGAAGACACGCAAAGGCGGCGCGGCGGAAGAUGGGGAGGAAGAAGAAGCAUUAUUCAGCGGCGAGGAAGACGAUAGCAAACCCCCUCGAAAGCGCCAACGAAAUAAUAAGACCGUCGUUAAGGACGAAGAUGACGAUGGGCCAGCCCCUGGUGCUGUUGGCAAGAGUAGGAAAGUCUUCAAAAGUAAAGAGAUCAUCGAAGACUCCGACGAAGAGAUGGCUUAAUGUGACCUCGUGCUUUCUGCUCCUUUGUAUGCUCUAUCGUUUUGUAUCACAUAAUUAUUUUCCAGUCGCC